AUGAUUCUUCCUUGUACUUUCAACUUUCAUUAUUGCACUCUGUUAGGUAUCUCUCUUUUUCCUUUAACACUCUCCCCCUUCUCAGAACAGGAUGAACCAGACAUACAUGCUCACCUAACCCAUCAAUGGCUUAGAAGAAAUCUCUAUCGAUAUCUAUUGAACAAUCUAUCAGUCUAUCUCUAUUACAUUUUCUCUUUGUUUCUAUCUAUCUAUCUAUCUAUCUAUCUAUCUAUCUAUCUAUCUAUCUAUCUAUCUAAGAAGGUUACCAUUUGUUCAUAUCUAUUUAUUGCAAUUUUUCAUAUCUAUCUAUUUAUUUAUCUAUCUAUCUAUCUAUCUAUCUAUCUAUCUAUCAGUAUGUUCAUUAUCUAUCUACCUAUCAGUUUGUUCAUAUCUAUCUAUUGCAAUGUUUAUAUCUAUUUAUAUAUCUAUCUAUCAGUAUGUUCAUUAUCUAUCUAUUGCAACCUGUUUCUAUCUAUCUAUCUAUCUAUCUAUCUAUCUAUCUAUCUAUCUAUCUAUCAGUAUGUUCAUUAUCUAUUUAUUUAUUUAUUUAUCUAUCUAUCUCAAUUGUAG